AUGGCCCUGCUUCUGCUCGUCUACGGCCGCCCGUCCCACGCCGUGCUUCGAGUGGCGGCGCCUGGGCGCGCGCUCUCGCCUCUGGCCUGCGCGUCGGCGCCGCCGCCGCUCGCAGAGAAGCAAUGCUGGCGUCCGACUAUCGAUGAUGUUGACCGCAUAUCAUGGGGCCGGCCGGCAAAGAGAAAGGGCACUGGCUCACGCGGCCAGCCGCACCGACUCAACGACGCGGAGCGCACGCUCUACGACCUCGCACGAUCAAAGGGCUUUGUGGAAGUCGCCGGCUCGGGCUGGCGUUCGCAGCGCGCCGAUGCGCCCCUCGUCAACACGUUUCGCUCGUGGUGCGACGCUCGCGGCGUGGCCGCCAUCUUCCUGCACAAGGGCAGCGACGUCGACCAGGUUGUCCUCGACCUGUCGCCGCUGCGGCGGCCAGCCGAGUUUGCGAACGCGGCGGC